CUGUAUUGAUACCACAGAUUGUAACUGUUCCGCGGAAGGUUCUCUAGUUUUCUCUGAUCUUCGUCUUCAACUUCAAGUAGACAUAAAAAUUAUUUGUUAUUUGCUAAUACAUAAUAAAUUGUUUCAUUUAAUUCAGUACAUCUUGGCUUAAUACAAAGAUGGCAGAAGCAAGUAAUUUCAAUUACAACACAGCUACAUCUAUCCAUGAAUUCACUGUCAAAAAUAUAAAAGGUGAAGAUGUCACCCUGGAUGUGUACAAAGGUCAUGUCUGCAUCAUUGUAAAUGUUGCAUCGCAGUGUGGUCUCACUGCAAACAACUAUAAGCAGCUUAAUGAAUUAUAUGAGCAAUAUGGAGAGAGCAAAGGUCUGCGUAUUUUGGCAUUCCCAUGUAACCAGUUUGCUGGUCAAGAGCCUGGGAACCCCGAAGAAAUAGUUUGUUUUGCAUCAGAACGCAAAGUUAAAUUUGAUUUGUUUAAUAAAAUUGAUGUCAACGGCGAUGGCGCUAGUCCACUGUGGAAAUUCUUAAAGAAAAAGCAAGGCGGUACUUUGGGCAACUUCAUCAAGUGGAAUUUUACCAAAUUCAUCAUUGACAAGAAUGGAGUUCCCGUCGAACGCCAUGGACCCAAUGUUGAUCCCAAAGAUUUGCUCAAGUCGUUGGAGAAGUACUGGUGAAAAACAGACAAAAAUGUAUCUAAUAUUUAAGUUAGCUGUAUCAUGGUACCAUUAUAAAAUGGAUACGCCAUUUGUGAUUUUUAAGGGUGAUUUGUUAUAAAUCUUUAAAAUCUAUAGAAUAACACACUUAUAUGACUGGUGUUAGAUAUACAUAUUAAUAAUUAUGCUAUUGUAGGUGGGUACUCCAUAUGUCCAUAAUUAUUUGCAAUUGUUAAUAAUAUAAUUGCUGUGGUAAUUUCACCUCGAUAUUUUAUAGCUUAUCAACUUGAUCCGCGAUCUACUGGGUGUCAGGUACAUUACACUAUCCACCAUUCCACACUAUAGUAGAAAGAAACGGAGAGCUGUUUUACCUUCUUCUAUCGCCAUUUUGAUAUUCUAGCUUUGUCACGAUUUGUAGGGUCAGACAAUCCAGUUAAAUCAUAGGACAUGAACACAUAUUGCUUGAGAAAUUAAGACACAUUAGGGACGUCACAAUGUAUUUCAUAUUUCCAUGAUGGUGGUAUUUAUGUGUAUAUGUUUAGAUGUCGCACACCACAUUCAAUAUGCUGCCCAGACCUUAAUGGAGUGCCAUACACAAUUAUGUAUUCAUGCAACGCAUAAUAUUAUCCAGGCACAAUAAUUAUAAGUUUUUAAAUGUUUUAUCUUGUGUUCUUGGAUUUUAGUUGUUGUCUAGUUAUUACAUUCACACCUAAUCACUAUCAUAUCGUGAAUUAUAUUAUAGUCUUAUCGAUGUAAAAUGUUAAUGUAUAUUUGGUUGUCAUAAUAUAUAUUUUUUUGUUAACAA